CAACAUUUCCACCUCCAAAAAGGUCCUACUGUUCGCAUCACAGAUUGGUCACCAUCAAUGUAAAAUCCUCGAUGGAUUCGAACGAGCGCACGCCCCUUAUUGCGGUAGUGCAGGUGGCCCCGCAGCGGCCACGGCGCCGCUAUCGACAUUCGGGACUGCGGAGAUGCUGCACUUCGAUCUUAGCAGCUGUCCUUCUCAUGACCGUGGUUGCCUUUCUUCUAGUUCUCUUUAUAAUCCCAGAUUGCGACCAAAAGCACAACAAGAAGAAGCAGAAUGACGUCUGCAUACCGAAACACCCGCUCUAUCGCGACAACAGUAAACUGCGCUUGUUUGGCGCGAAAGAGGCAGAUGGGGAUCUGAGCUAUAAGAAGCUUUUGACUAUCUUGUCCGCCACACCGCGGGAAGAAAAAGUACGGGAAUGGAGCCAGUACUACACCAGUGGCCCACACCUUGCCGGCAAGAAUCUGAGUAUGGCUGAAUGGACGAGGGAUCGCUGGAAGGAGUUUGGCAUCAACCAGACCGAGAUUAUCCCGUACAAUGUGUAUAUCAACUAUCCUCUUGGUCAUCGGUUGGCGCUUCUGGAGAGGCAGAAUUCCACAGAGACCGUGGACGAUGCUUGGAGCGUAGCGUUCGAGGCAAGGUUGGAAGAGGAUGUGCUCAAAGAUGAUCCAACAUCAGGUCGUGACGAUCGAAUAAUGACCUUUCACGGAUACAGUGCUUCGGGAAAUGUCACUGGCCAGUACGUAUACGUCAACUACGGCACAUAUUACGACUUUGAGGAUCUUAUCGCUGCGAACGUGAGCUUAAAGGGCAAAAUAGCCGUUGCUCGUUACGGUGGUGUUUUUAGAGGACUGAAGGUCAAGCGCGCAGAAGAGCUUGGAAUGAUUGGCUGCAUAAUCUAUAGCGAUCCCGGAGAUGAUGGUAACGUUACCAAGGACCAAGGCUACAAGGCUUAUCCUGACGGGCCGGCGCGAAAUCCAAGCAGUGUACAACGAGGAAGUGUUCAGGACAUCUCCCAGCUUCCCGGUGAUCCGACGACGCCAGGCUACCCCUCGAAACCAGACGCGCCGCGACAGAACCCCAAUGGGACCAUUCCCGGAAUACCAUCUCUGCCCAUAUCUUAUGAGGAUGCUCUGCCUAUCCUGAGAUCUCUAAACGGAUACGGCCCCAAGGCAAAAACCUUUAACAAGUAUUGGCAAGGUGGGGGACUAGAAAAACUCGGAGUUCACUACAAUGUUGGACCAUCGCCGAAGGACCUACAGCUUAAUCUAGUCAACGAGCAAGAGUACGUAACCACACCAUUAUGGAACGUAAUUGGUAUCAUCAAUGGCACAAUUCAAGACGAGGUGGUUAUUUUGGGUAAUCAUCGUGAUGCCUGGAUCUUGGGUGGUGCAGGCGAUCCAAACAGUGGCUCGGCCGCCAUGAAUGAGGUUGUUCGCGCCUUCGGUGCUGCCUUGGAGGAAGGCUGGAAGCCUCUUCGCACUAUUGUGCUUGCGUCCUGGGACGGAGAGGAAUAUGGUCUUGUCGGUUCAACUGAAUGGGUUGAAGAAUACUUACCCUGGCUGAAUGCAACUGCCAUCGCCUAUUUGAACGUCGACGUAGGUACCACGGGACCAAAUUUUAAAGCAGCCGCUGCGCCUCUACUCAACCAGGCGCUUAUAGAAACGACAAAGCUGGUUCUUUCGCCAAACCAAACUACGACUGGCCAAACCGUUUAUGACGUGUGGGAUAAGCACGUCAGCACUAUGGGCUCUGGCAGUGACUUUACCGCUUUUCAAGACUUUGCAGGUAUUCCCUGCAUUGAUAUGGGCUUUAGCUUUGAUAAAGAUACCCCAGUUUACCACUACCACAGUAACUACGACAGUUUUUACUGGAUGGACAAAUUUGGCGAUCCUGGCUGGCACUACCACGCCACCAUUGCACGAGUGUGGGCUCUCCUUGCUGCACGCAUUGUAGAGACUCCUAUCAUUCAACUUAACGCCACUGACUACGCCAUUGGCCUGAAGCAAUACCUGAAAAAGGUCGAAGAUAAGGCGCACAAUGCCACUGCAAUGGGAAAACGGCUCGAUUAUCAAGGCCUGCCUUUCAACAUAUCCUUCAAAUCCCUCGAGUCUGUGAUUGAGCGCUUUCACAAUACCUCUGUUGCGCUGGAUGCCGAGGCAGAAGCUCUUCUUGAUAUCGCACUCAACAACCCGAUUCCCUGGUGGCGAUGGUGGGAACGGCUAGUUUUUUUCCGCAGAGUAAAAGCAGUGAAUGACAGGUACAAGACUUUGGAGCGCCACUUCUUGUACGGCGAGGGUCUUGAUGGUCGGCCCUGGUUCAAACAUGUUGUAUUCGCUCCCGGAAGGUGGACAGGCUACGCGGGUGCGACAUUCCCAGGAUUGGUGGAGGCUGUUGAGGACGGAGAUAUCGGUGCAGUGUUCAAGUGGAUGGCUAUAAUUACGGGAGUGGUAGCUAAAGCGGCAGAUUCAAUGGUCUUGCCAAACAGCUGAACGAAAAUGGUCCAAGAAACCAAUGGUGUACGAAAACCAGGCAAAUGAUCGAUUCGUGGAUAGCGUUUAUUGGACGUGUAAUGAUGUAUGAUGAAGAAAGUCCAUAAUUCUGGAAGUCUUGUUACUGCAAGGCAAUCACAUAUCGAUAGAAUAGAACCAAAAUAAACGUGAAUUUAGUAGGACUUCUAAGGCCCGGCUGUAUAGCAUCG